AUGGAUGAGCAUCCAGAAUUCGACAUAGUGGAAAUCACUAGAAAAAUCGGUAUUGACAUUCUAAAUAACGUUGAGAUCACAAGUCAAGAAGCAGCUUGGAAUGAAGAUAACGAUAUUUUGGCAGACAGUAAAUACAUAAACUUGUACGAAGAUAAUGAAGCAAUUAUUCUAGAAAAACGACUACAAUUUGAAUCGAAUUUAGAUAUUAAUAAAACAAUUGAUAUUUGUCGUCAAUUGUGCCGUGAUAAUGAUGGUGAUAAUGAUAUAGAAAAUGUGGCUAAUUUACAUAAUGAAAUUUCAGAUGCUUUUCAAUGCAUUUAUAAUAAUCCUCAUUCUGAAGUUAAUGCAGAUAUUCAUUCCUCGCCCCUGCAAAUAUUUUUCACUGGACCAGCUGGAUGCGGUAAGACUUUUGUCAUUAAACUUCUCAUGAAAAUUUAUAAUAGAUUCACGAACAACGAUGGUUUUUGUAACGCAUACAUAACAUAUGCCUCAACUGGUAAAGCUGCAGAGGCAAUUGAUGGCACUACAGUACACACAGCCUUAAAAAUAACGCUUACAAAACUACUUCCAUUAUCGAUGGAAUUAGUUCAAUUAUAUAGAACUCUAUUUAAAUAUGUUCGCAUUUUAAUAAUUGAUGAAGUCAGUAUGGUGAGCGCUGAAUUAUUACAAAAGAUUGAUUGUAGAUUAAAACAAAUUACUGGCAAUUUCAAUGAACCGUUUGGAGGAUUAGAUAUUAUUUUGAUUGGUGAUUUAAGGCAAUUACCUCUAGUAAGAGCAACUUCUAUUUAUAAGUCAGUGAAACAACAAAUUGCUGGCCCAUCAUUGUGGCGUGGAAUUCAGUUUUAUGAAUUGACUGAAGUAAUGAGACAGUCUAAUCAAAUGUUUUCGUCCUUAUUGACUAAGAUUGGAAAUGGCGAGGUAUUGGAUGAAAAUGAGUGUACUUUGAUUGAAUCUCGAUUUUACACGAAAGAAGAAGCUGAUAGGCUUUGUCCAAAUGGAAUUCCUACAGAUGAAUUCAUUGGUUAUCAUACUGCUGAGCAAUUAACUAUUGUCACACAAAAGUUCCAUAAAAUGUCCGUUAUCGAUACUGGUGGAUUACCGUAUCAAAUAACUUUCGUAUUAGGCAAACCUUAUAUGAUAACUUCUAAUAUUAAUGUAUCAGAUGGAUUAGCCAAUGGAGCAGUAGGUUCCUUAAAUUAUGUUGAAUACAAUGAUAAUCAACAAGUUACUCGUGUUUGGCUACUUUUUCACGAUUCUCCAAAAACCGGUGAAAAAAUAAGAAAAAAGUCUCAAAUUACGCUCAAAAACUAA